GAGUAAGGUGGCCACUUUGACAGUGUUCUCAUGCUGCCCCUGCCACCUUCUCGGUCUGAAGAUAUCAUUUCAACUCUAACACAGCAUGAUCGAAACAUAUAGCCAAACUGCUCCCCGAUCUGUGGCCACCGGACCACCCGUCAGUAUGAAAAUUUUUAUGUAUUUACUUACUGGUUUUCUCAUCACCCAGAUGAUUGGGUCAGCACUUUUUGCUGUGUAUCUUCACAGAAGAUUGGACAAGAUAGAAGAUGAAAGGAAUCUUUAUGAAGAUUUUGUAUUCAUGAAAACGUUACAGAAAUGCAACAAAGGAGAGGGGUCCUUGUCCUUACUGAACUGUGAGGAAAUUAAAAGCCGAUUUGAAGCCUUUCUCAAGGACAUAAUGCUAAACAAAGAAGCGACGCAAGAAAAAAGUGUUGCGAUGCAAAAAGGUGAUCAAGAUCCCCGAAUUGCAGCCCAUGUCAUAAGUGAGGCCAGUAGUAACACAGCGUCUGUUCUGCAGUGGGCCCCGAAAGGAUACUACACCCUAAGCAGCAACCUGGUAACCCUCGAAAACGGGAAACAGCUGGCCGUGAAAAGACAAGGACUCUAUUACAUCUACGCCCAAGUCACCUUCUGCUCCAAUCGGGACACUUCGAGUCAAGCUCCGUUUGUAGCCAGCCUCUGCCUGAAUUCCCCGAGCGGAUCGGAGCGGGUCUUGCUCAGGGCUGCAAACACCCGCAGCUCCUCCAAGCCUUGUGGGCAGCAGUCCGUCCACUUGGGGGGCGUAUUUGAAUUACAUCCCGGUGCUUCGGUGUUCGUCAACGUGACUGAUCCAAGCCAAGUGAGCCACGGGACGGGCUUCACGUCUUUUGGCUUACUCAAACUCUGAGCGGUGGCCCCUCGCGGGCUGCCAAACAGCAAAGCAGUUAAGACCACCCCCUGUUGAACUGCCUAUUUAUAACCCUAGGAUCCUCCUCGUGGAGAACUAUUUAUUAUAC